AUCACUUUCACAAUCUAAAGCAACAGCAUCUUUAUUAUAUUUGCCCUUGAAACAUAUAUUUCACCUCUGAAAAUGUUUUUGAAUAUAAGCACCAUGCGUUCUUGCAUCUUGCUCUUGAUAGGCGUAUUCAAUAUUGCCAAUGCAGAUUCGGUUCCUUUUGAACGUCUAAAUGUGAAUGAUUCGGUUCUGCUCAUUGUCGACAUGCAGGUUGGGUUACUCAAUCUAGCUCGAGAUUUUGACGCUACCCUUUAUUACAACAAUAUGAUUACCCAUGCAGCUAUUGGAGAAUUGUUCGAUAUCCCGAUUAUUAUGACCACCUCCGCUCAAACAGGCCCUAAUGGACCGUUGCCAAAAAAGAUUCUCGAGAUGUACCCUAAUGCGCCUCUAAUCGAACGUCAGGGGGAAAUUAAUGCCUGGGACAAUCCGGAUUUCAGAAAGGCUCUCAAGGCCACUGGCAAGAAACAAGUUAUUAUGGCGGGAAUUGUGACCGAUGUCUGUGCUACUUUCCUGGCACUUUCUCUGAGGGAAGAGGGUUACAGCGUUUGGGAAAAUGUUGAAGCAUCUGGAACCAUGUCACCAUUGAUUCGAGAUGUCUCCAACCUUCGCAUGCAGGCUGCAGGUGUUCAGCUUGUGGGCAUAUUUAGUAUUGUGGCCGAUCUUUGGAGAGAUUGGCGAAACGCUCCUGGAAGUGAGACGGUUCUACAGUGGAUGAACAAAUAUGCUCCCGCCUACGUGACAAGUGUACCUGCACAUGCUGCUGCUAUUUUGAAUGGAACUCUAACCCCUGGUGAGGAAAAUUUCAUCUAG